AUGCCUAUCUUCAAGUCAUGGAACCCACCCAUCCACAUGCAAUGGGAACUUCCCAUCUGGACCUGGCUGUUCGAUUCAGCCUUUAGCCCGAUCGGAAAUGUGCCCGUGUCUGAGAUCAAGGGCUAUACCAAUGCCGCAACUAAGGAACAUCUCAACUACACGGAUCUCAAAACCCACACUACCCAUCUAUCGACCGCCCUUGUUAAGAAAUAUGGUCUCAAACAAGGCCAGACCGUGGCACUCUUCUCGCCCAACACCGUCUGGUAUCCUUGCGCCAUGUUUGGAGCGAUAAGGGCAGGCGGUGUCGUUUCGGGAGCCAGCCCAGCCUACAAUGUCGAAGAGAUGACUUACGCCCUCAAGACCGCCGAUGCAAAGUUCCUCUUCACUGUACCUGGUAGUAUGCAGGUUGCAGCCGCAGCCGCGAAGAACGCUGGUAUACCCAAAGAGCACGUCUUUCUCCUCGAAGGAAAACACGAAGGCCACACAACCAUGUCUGAGCUCCUCGAGCUCGGCAAAUCCUAUGGCUCGACUGGUCAGAUCGACCAGUUCCGUCUGCCGCCCGGCAAAAAGAACAAGGAUGUCUGCGCCUUUCUUUCGUUCUCCUCAGGCACCACCGGCCUUCCAAAAGCCGUCAUGAUCUCCCACGCAAAUGUCAUGGGCCAAUGCUUCCAGAUCCGUCAGCUCUCGCCUACCACACUCAAACGUAUCCUUGCCGUUCUGCCUCUUUUCCACAUCACUGGUCUUGUGCAUCAACUACACCUUCCCAUCCUUUUGAAUGCCAACGUCUAUAUGCUCCCUGCCUUCACCAUGGACUCGAUGCUGCAGACCGUACAGGACUACAAGUUGGAGGAGAUGUUGCUUGUACCGCCGAUUCUGAUCCGCAUGGUUCGCGACCAGCAGACACUCAAAAAGUACGAUCUUUCGAGCCUGAAACGGUUUUCUUCGGGCGCGGCGCCACUCUCAGCAGAGAUCCUGCAGAUGUUGGAGAAGACAUUCCCCGGCACGGGCUUCAAGCAAGGCUAUGGCAUGACUGAAAGCUGCAGCUGCAUCACGGCACAUCCACCGGAGAAAUACGAUUACAAGUAUGCUUUCCGCGUGGGCACGAUUGUCGCCAACACCGAGGUCAAGAUCGUGGAUCCACAAACCGGCAAAGAGUGCGGCAUUGGAGAGCCGGGCGAGAUUUGGGCGCGUGGCCCGCAGAUCGUGAUGGGUUAUCUGAACAACGAGAAGGCGACAAAGGAGACUUUUGAUCAGGACGGAUUCCUACACACGGGUGAUAUUGGUGCCAUUGAUGAUGAGAACUUCAUCACCAUUACAGAUCGGCUGAAGGAGAUGAUCAAGGUGAAGGGUAUCGGUGUCGCGCCGGCCGAGCUGGAGGACCUACUACUCGGCAACGACGAUGUGGAGGACACGGCCGUAUUGGGGAUCAAUGAUGAUUACAGUGGCGAAAGGCCGAAAGCGUUCGUGGUCUUGAAGAAGAGUGUGCAAGGGGAUCCGAAAGAGGCCGCCAAGAAGCUAAUUCAAUUCGUCAAGGAUAAGAAGGUCAGGCAUAAGUGGAUCGUGGAGAUUGAGGUCGUGGACGAGAUUCCAAAGAGUCCGAGCGGCAAGAUCCUCAGGAGGGUAUUGAGGGAUAUGGAGAAGGAUGGGAAGCGGACGGGUGUCAAGGUCAGGGAUACUAGGGAGCAGGGCGCGAAGCUGUGA